UGUGCCCGUUUGAUAUUUCAAAAUGUCAGCUAUUUCUACUCGUGAAAGUUCAAACAUCAAUCACUAUAGACUGAUAUAUUUACGAGAACGCAGGGUUGAAGAAUUAGUUGCUUGCAGAAAUUAUCGUCGAUCCAAAAAACUUCUUCAAUAAACUUGAAAGGAUUAUUUGGGAAAUCCUCGUCUACUGUGACUCAAAUCUUCCUUGCAAUUAAUGGAAUUAAAUAAAACAAAAGUGACAACCAUUAGCCACUUUGUUUACAGGAAGAACAUUCGUCUAUAAAAGCGUCUGACACAGUUAAGAGUCUCUCAGUGGACCGGGAUUACGUGCUUCAUGAUGGAUCGAUCUAAGAUUUGUACCACUCGACUCUUAGACCAAAAUUUCGGCAUGACUUUUUCGCCGAAAGACGUGUUGCUGCCCUUUUUUAACGGUCACAGUACAAAUUACUACAGGCCAUGGAAAUUAUUCAAUGAAUGUGCCGAAGAGUGUUGUUCGACAAUCGACAAUACGAAAGACAAGUUCAAAGUAAUCCUAGAUGUUCAACAUUUUAAACCUAAUGAAAUAAGCGUGAGAGUGAAUGACCGUGAGAUCAUAAUAGAAGGUAAACAUGAAGAGAGACAAGAUGAUUAUGGGUUUAUAUCAAGACAAUUCAUAAGGCGAUAUAUUUUGCCGAAGGAAUGUUCACCUGAUACCGUAACUUCUUCUUUAUCAUCUGACGGUGUUUUAGCUAUAACGGCUAACAAAAUAAUUGCUAAAGACUUAAAGUACGAAAAGAUGAUUCCGAUUAAAAUGUGUGGACCGUUUCCAAAAAAUGAAGCGGGGAAAAAAGAGGAAAUGAAGAAUGGAACAUGCGACAACAAAAUGGAGAUGUGUACGAUAGAUAAAAAAGACACGAAAAAAGAGGAAAUUGAUAAAAACGAAUUGAAAAUGGAUGUAAAAAUGGACAAAACAAAUUUAGCGAUAGACAAAAAAGAAAAAGUGGCAGGAACAGAAAUAGGCAAGGAAAUAAAAACAGAUAUUGACAAGAAAGAUACUCAAACAAUGCUAAAGGAAGAACAUUGCAGAUUGUUAAAACCGCAGCUAUUAAAGGAUGCCGUGUCUACUACAGAAAAAUUGAUAUCAGAGAGUAAAAAAGAAGCAGAUGAAUUGUUGAAAUUGCUGUCAACAGACAAGCAACAUGCAAGCACAAGUGAUGCGUCAGAAAAGUUGGAUGAAGUACUUGGAUUAUGCAAGACAGCAAUUUCUGAAUUAAAAAAAGACAAACUUGGAGAAAGUAUUUUUACCUCAGAAUCCGCGAGUUUCAAAAGCAGUAUGACGUCGGAAAGUAUUGAGACAAAGGAAUCUUCAUCAUUUACAAGUAUUUCAUCUAAUUUAAAAGCAUCAAGUGAAAAAAGUAGUGAUAUUGUAAGUGAAAUUAUAUGUGCAGAGCUGAAAGAAGCAUCAGAAAAUAUAUAGUUGUGUAAAAUUUGU